AAUUAUAUUUCAAAAAUUAUAUUUCAAAAAUUAUAUUUUUACAUUACAUUUGCGGCCGAUUAGUUUGGACCAUUCCCAAUCGAUACUAUCGCGUCUACGACAAGAACGGCCCUGCGAUUGCCAAACUAGGGCAGUAGAACGAUUGUAGAGCCCUGGUGUUCAAGUUUCUUUUUGUUAGCAUUGCUUAAUGAUAAUUGUCAAUGUCGAUAGUUAGCAGCACGAACAUCACGAAACACUCGCGACGACAUUGGAUAUAUCCAUUCCGGAGAUAGCCAGUGCUUCCUCUUCUUUUUUUUUUUUGUUUUUCCUUUUUUUUUUUGCUAAUUUUAUUGUAAACGUGUUUAGGUAGUUGAAUUUGUUUAUCAUGUCCGGGCAAAUGUCCGAGCACAUGCCGCCCAAUGAGCCUGAGGAGGAGAGCAGCUCCACAGACGUUUCACUGACUCAGCAUGUGUCCGCUGGUGGCACUGGUGGGAAGGGGCGACUGGAUAGCCUGCGCGAGAAUCUGUUCAAGCAUCAGGAACGUCUCACGGCGCUGCGUGAGCGUGCCUUGCGCAAAUCCGAGGAUGGCAGUCGGGGCAAGCCCAGCAUAAGCGAUUCGAUGGAAUCGCUCCAAUCGCUGGGCCAGCGGCUGUCCACAUUGAAGGUGCGCAAUCCCGAUUCGCCUCAAGUGCUGCUGCACGAGCUGCCCUCACAGGACUCGUCCACACCGCUGGCCACACCCACUAAAGAUGUCUCGGGCAGCGAGAAGUUGCAAAUGCUGAACCAGCGCACCGAGCAAAAUCGUGCGCUCCUCGAGCAGCGCAAACGCGACAUGGCCAAAUCGCUGCAGUCGGUGAAAUCGGGCAUGCGGCAGAGCAUCGAUCUGGGCUCCUCCAUGAGCGAUCUGCGUGCGCCGGCCACAGCGGCGCCUGUUUCCAGGCAUUGGUCCGCAGCAGAUCUGCAGCUACAGAUGCAGCAGCAGUUGCAACAGCAGCCGAGCGAAGAGGGGCGCCUCAAGCAGCUGAAAAAUAAGAUGCGCCUCAUUGAGAUGAAGCAGAACCGCAAGGAGCAGGAGUUACAGCAGGAGCUGAACGAUCUGCGCAACGAGUUGACACGGCGCGAAGAGCAGAUCCAACAGCUGGAGGCGACGCUGGCGCAGCAGAGCGAACAGGUGGACAGCCAACGACUCCUGCAGGAACAGGAGAAUACACGAUUGCACGCAGAGAUCGAGCAGCUGCGCGAACGCAAUGCGGAGCUAGAGAAUAGCAGCGAAAUGCUGGAAGCACUACGACUAGAGCUCCACAGCGCCAGGGAACAGCUGCUGGAGCAGCAGGCUAACCAAGCAGCGGCCGAGGCGGCAGCGCUGGUCUCCACGGACGCCCAGGUGAAUGUGGAGCUGGCCAAGCAGCUGCAGGAACUGGAGAAAGAAUUGCAGGAGCUACGCGACAGCAAGGAGGAGCAGACGCCAAAGCUGGAACCGGAUGCCCUCAGAGUAUCUGAGCUCGAGGCCACCAUUGCCCUGCAAAACGAACAGCUGGCGGAGAAGACCACCGAGCUGAAUGUGCUCAACGUGAAUCUGCGCGUGCUCGAGGAGAAGCUCGCUCAGAGCGUCAAGAGCAAGCCCAUCUUCCUAGACGAGGACGCCAGCGAUGGCAACGAACAGCUGCAGGCGCAGCUGCAACAGCUCAAGCAGAAGCUGGACGAGUGCAACAAGAGCAACAUCAAGCUAAAGCUCAAAUGCAAGCAGGCGGAGAAGCAGCUGCAGAAGCUGCAGAGCCUGGAUACCCAACAGGAGCUGGCCCGGAUUACCGCCGAGAACGAGCAGCUGCAGCAGCGCAUCACAGUGCUAGAGGAUGAGAAGGGCCAAUGGCAACUGGCCCAUGUCGAAGAGGAUGCGGCCCAGGAGCAACAGCAACAGCAAGCUAGCAAGCCAACCCCAUCCGCUGGCCAGACAGAAGCCAUUCGACUGCUGGAGGAGCAGAAGGAGGAGCUGCAACAAGCACUGGAAGCCUUGCAACUGGGCAGCGAAACAGCUCGCGUUGAGUCGGAGCUGAGCGAGGUGCAGCUGGAGGAGCAAUUGUCGCAGCGCGUGCAACAGCUGGAGUCGGAGGCAGUCGAGCAGCAGAAGCAGCUGCAAAAGCUGCAGGCCGAGAAGGAGGCCCUGGACAAGAAGCUGACGCACUACAUCAACGAGAACAUGGAGCUGCUCGAUAAGCUGGAGAAGUUGAGCUCCUCCAGCUCGGCUGAGUCCAUCGAGAUCGUAGAGCGACCCACUGAGCGGCGCUUUAGCCAGAGGCCAGGCAGCGAGGGCGAAGCGGAACCGGAGGGAGACCAGGCCAGCGGCAGCAACACCAAGCAACCCACUGCACCCGCCGUGCUGCCCAGCUUUGUGAGCGAGCUCACACAAACGGAUCUGGCUGUGCCUGAGCUAGAGGUCAACGAGAAUCUCGCCCAGUUGCGCAACGAGAACGACGAGCUGCUGCAGAAGAUUGAGCUCUUCACCAACGAGCGACGAGAGGUGCUGGCCAAGAUGGAGCAACUGCAGGCAGAGAAUGCGGCACUGCAAUCGCAGCUAAAGCUUGCCGAGGAGCAACAGCAGGAGGUGAAGACGACUCAGGAGACCGAACUGAAGCUGGAGCAGCUGGAGGCGGAGAAGACGACGCUCCAAACGGAACUGAAGCUCAUACAGGAGCAGCUGGAAACGGAGAAGACGACACUCCAAACGGAGCUGAAGCUCGCCAAGGAGCAGCUGCAGACGGAGAGCGCAGCGCUGCAGGCCCAACUGGAGGAACUGCAGCGGGACAAGCAACAGCUGUCGCUGCAGCUCAGCGAUAAAUCGAACCUCUCCCAGGAGCUCAGCUCCAUGCAGCGCUCCUCAGAGGUGGUCGCUGCCCUGGACUGUGGCGAGGGUGGCGCCGCGCUCUUCGACAAGUGCGAGCGCUCGCUCUCGAAGCUCAGCUCGGAGCUGGAGGCCUAUCGCAAGGCCAACGAUCGCAAUGCCAAACUGAAUGUGUCCAAGAAGCUGGCCAAGGAGGCGAAGAAUGUGCACGUCCAGCUGACGGAGCUGCUGCAGAAGGUGAAGGAGGCGAGCACCGCAGUGGAGACGGUCACCGUGGUGGAAACAGUUGUCGCUGUCACCGCGCCCAAUGGCAAAGCUUUGGCGGAAUACGAGCAGCUGACGGCACAGAAUGCCGAGCUGAAGGCGACGCUGGCUACGCUUCAAGCGGAGCUCGAGGAGCUACGCGAAAGCUGCGACCCGCCGGAGACGGGCAAGCAGCUGGCCAUUGGCCAGGUAGACGAGGAGGAGCAGCAGGAGAGGGCAAGGGAACGCGAGCGUGAGCAGGAAAAGGAGCGCGAGCGAGACGCCUUGAUAGCUGAGCUGCGGGCUCGCGUGGAGGAGGAGCAACAGCAGGUGACACAGCUGGAGUCUGUGAUAGCGGAACUGCGUGCCAGCGAGGCGGAGCAUCUGCAGCUGAUAGCCAGCCAGAGUGCUGAGCUGGUGCAGCUGCAGCUGCAGGCGGAACGCUUCGAUCAGUCGCUGAACAACAGCGAAAUGGCGCACGAGAAGCACAUGGAGCAGCAGCAGCGUCUGAGACGUGAGCUCCAGUCCCGCAUCGAGACCCUGGAGGGGGAGCAGCGCAUACUGCAGGCCCUGGUCGCCGAGCAAAAGCAGCAGCUGAUCGAGAGCUACAGCGAGAGCGAGUACGAGACGAACAUGAAGCUGCUGGAGCUGCAGCAGUGCCAGAAGGAGCUGGAAGCGAGCGAGCAACGCAACAAGGAGCUGCGCGAGAAGCUCAAGAAGUACGCCCUGAGCCUGAAGAAGCGCACGGCCGAGCAAGCGGAGCUGGAGCAGCAGCUGCAGCGCGAGCGGGCCACUGUGACGGAGCUGCAGGAGCAGCAACAGCAGUUCCAGGAGCAGCAACAUCAGCUCCAGGAGCAGCAACAGCAGUUGCAGGAACAGCAGCAACAGUUCCAGGAGCAGCAGCAGCAGCUGCAUGACAUGGAUCAGCUGAAGGAGGACAAUGUUCGUCUGCACGAGCAGCUGGCCAAGCAGCAGUCCAAGCUAGCCGGCCUGUCCAAGCUCAAGGAGGAAGUGGAACGCCUGCAGGUCGAGCUGCAGAAUACAGUUCACGCGAAUACAGCGCUGCGCCAGGAAAGCUACAAGCUGGAGAUGGCGUUGGCGGAGCAGGGCUCCGCAGAAGAGUUGCGUCGCCAGUUGGAGGUGAAGUCCUUGAAGUUUGAUAAAUCCAAAGAGGUCAUCAAGCAUCGCAAUGCCACCAUAUUGAGUCUGCAGCGCGAGCUGGCCGAGCUCCGUGCUCAGCUUCAGGCACAGCCCGAGGAGGAGGAGCAGGAGAAGGAAAAGGAACAUGCACAGCAGUUGAAGGAGCUUGAGCAGCUGCGGGCGCAGAACGCCAAGAUGGCCGAAGAGAAGGUGAACUUUGAGCAAACGAUCGGUCGCCUGGAAACCAUCCACGAAGGCAUUCAAGCCAAGCUGCAGCAGGAUCAAUCCUACAUAGAAUCGCUGGAGGCACAAAUAUCUGAGCUGCAAUCGAAGUGUGUGACUCUCGAGGAUCAGACCGCAUCACUGCGUGCACAUGAGGCCAGUGCCAAGGAGCAGAUUGAACUGCUUGAGCAGCAAGUGCGCGAGGCGCAUGCCCAGCGGGCGGAGGUGGAAUCGCAGCUUAACGAGCGUGUGAAACAGUUGAUGGAACGGGAGCUGGUCCAGAACAGGCAAAUCAAGAUGCUGCGCAGCGAGGCGGACGAGUCGCGCGAGCUACUGGUCUCGCUGCAGACCACCCACGAGACGAUGCUGCUGCGGUACAAGCAAGAGGCCCAGCAGGCCCAGGCACAGCGGGAGCAUCAGACCAACAACAACGAACAGCAUAUACUCGAGCUGCGGACACAGCUGCACGCGCGCAACAUAGAGCUGGAGCACCAACGCCAGGUCUUCGAUGCCAAGCUUGCGGCGAAGGCCACCGAGCUAGAUGAGCUGGAGUGUGAUAUGAAUGCGCACAUGCAACGCGCCGCCAUGCAGACGCGUGAACUGACCCAACAGUUGGAGCGAUCCGAAGAACAGCUGCAGGCACGCACCGAGGAGCUGGCACGGCUGAACGACGAGCUGGCCGACGUGGAGCGCGAGCGUGCUGCGCUCAGCCGGGAGGCGGUCAUGCUGCGCAUGCAACAAGACAGCGCCGAGCAGGAUGUGCUCGAGUUGCAGGAGCUGCGCAUGCAGGUCAUACAGGACAAAACGGAAAUGGACAAUCUGCGCUCCCAAAUCGACUCACUCUGCGCCAAUCACAAUCAGGAGCUGCAGGCGCUGCAGCAGCAAAUCGCCGAGCUAGACACCCUGGGGCAGAACCAAACGGACGAUCAGGUCUACAUUGAGAACGAGAACAAGCGACUUACCGAGCAGCUGGUGGAGCUGCAGGGUCGUCUCGACGAACAGGCCGAGCAGCUGGCACGCCAGCAGCUACAGGCUCGUCUUGACGAACAGAUCGAGCAGGUGGCACGCCAGCAAGCGGCCUCAGCUCCAAUUCCUGCUCCAGCCAGCUUCCAGUCGCAAGCAACAGCCACGGACGAUUGGAUGGCAUGGUCGGGCAUGAUGCAACCCACUCAAAGACAGGAACAGAAUCCGCCAUUGCCAGCGCCUGCCAUGUUCUUUGGCGGCGAUGCGGCAGCUGCGCCCUCGCCUUUCGAUGAGAUUGUCGCCCAACCGCUGAGGAUGACCUCACAGAAUCUGGGUAUGAGCUUGCCCCAAGCGCAGCCAGUGGCCAAUGUUGAGUCGAGUGGAGGAGAACCAACGAUUGAGGAUCUGCAGCGUAAUGUUUCUGAUCUGGAGAAACAUGCCAAGGAGCUAGAGACGAAAUUGCUGGCACGCAAUCAGGCGCUUGCCGAGCAUGAGGAGCGACGCGCCCAACUGGAGCGUCUGCUGGCCGAACGCGAACAGGAGCUUGCGCAGCUACAUGCUGCCGCAGAAGAGCGUGAGCGUGUAGCAGCCGUUGAGGCGCUAAUACAGCCAGCUGUGGCCCCAACGACGGCAGCUCCUUCGCUGGAUAUGUUCUUUGGCAACGAAACGGUAACAGAUGCAGCUGUCAGCAGCCUGGAUCUGGGUCUUCCGCAAACGGAGCCCGUUGAGGAGCAGCUCAUCAUACCAAAGAAGGCAUAUAUUUGCCAUCCAGAGCAGGAGCAGCAACAGAAACUACAGCAGCAGCAACAACAACAACAACCGCCUCUGACAAGCGACUGGGGUGUUGAUGUGGACGAGGAUCCGUGGGCCAAUGCUGACAAAGAGCAGCAGCUGACAGAUGAAACAGCAGCGCUGCUAACUCGCAUCGAGGAGCUGGAGAGCCAGAAGGCGAAACUGCAAACGAAAACGGCCAAGUUGAUGAAGUGCGUCAAGGAGUAUCGCAUCAAGGAGCAGCAGGAGCAAGCGCGCCAUGCGAAUAACAAUGAUUUGGACAGCGCCAUCAUGGACGAACUGAAGCUUCAACUGCAGCUACAGGAGGCGCGCCAAGCUAAGGCCGAGGAACUGCUACAACAGCAGACGCUGGAAAAGGAGAAGCUAUUGAAGCGCAUCGAUGUCUUGACUGCAGGCAAUGAACGCAUGGCCGAGCUGAAGGAGCGGCAGGACAUGGAUGUGCACAUGUAUCAGACGCGCAUACGCGAGCUACAGGACAAGCUGCAGCAGCUAGAAAGCUGGGGCGAGGGAGCAAGUGCUGCUGCCACGCCCACAGCGCAGCCAGGCGAUGAGGCAGCGCAGGCCCGAAUCGAGAAUCUGAUGGCAGAGAACCAAGAUCUUAAUAACGAAUGCCAGGAGCUGAUGGCCCAGCUCCGACAGGAGAAAGAGCAAGCCCAGCAAGAGCGGGAGCGACUGCAAGCGCAACUCGAUGCGCGUAACCAGGAGGCGGAGCAACUUAAACAGCAAAUGGAGCAGUCACAGCAGAAGUAUCAGCAGCUGCAACAGCAACUGGAGGAGCUGAGGACCAAGCAGCAAGAAUGCCAGCAACUGCAACAGCAACUGGAGGAGCUAAAAUCCAAGCAACAUGACUACCAACAGCUGCAACAGCAACUGGAGGAGCUGAAGACCAAGCAACAUGACUACCAACAGCUGCAACAGCAACUGGAGGAGCUUAAAGCCAAGCAGCAGGAGUGCCAGCCGCUGCAACAGCAACUAGAAGAGCUAAAGACCAAGCAGCAGGAGUGCCAGCAGCUGCAGAUGCAGCUAGAUGAGCUAAGAACCAAGCAGCUGGAGCUGCCGGUGGCAGUGAGUGCGCCCAGUGACGAGAGCAUGGCGCUGCUGCAAGAAAAGGAGUCCGAAAUCGUCCAUCUCAAGCAACGCAUCGAGGAGCUAAUGCGUGAGGAUCAGACCGAGAAAUUGGUGCUAGAGAUAUUAACCAAGAAUCAGGAGCUGCAGAUGCUGCGCAUGCAGGUCAAACAGCUGCAGGAGGACAAGCUCGAGCUGGAGCAGCAGAGCAUACCGUCGAAGGAGCAGCCGGACAAUCAAGCGGAGUCGCAGCUGCAGCAGCAGCUGGAACAGGUGCAGCAGGAACUGGAACAGCUGCGCCAGCAGAGCGCCGCGCACCAGCGAGAGAAGAACGACAUGGAGGAGGAACUGCGCGUCCUCAACAAUCAUGUGCUCAGCAGCCUGGAGCUCGAGGACAAGAUGAAGCAAACUGUAUUGGAGCUGGAUAUGAAGAACAUUGAGAUAACCGAGUUACGUAGAUCACUGGAGCUGCUGCAGCAGGCACAACCACAGCCACAGCCACAAGAGCAGCAGCAACAGCAGCCAGACAUCGCUGCCUUGAAUAUGCAAUGGGAGGCACUGGUGGAGCAGAAAUGCAGCGAAGUAGCCAGAAUAUGGCAGGAGCAUCUGGCGAAACGUGAGGCUGAAUACAAGGCGAAAAUCGAAGAGCUAUCUGCAGCGGCUGCUUCUGCGGCUGCCUCAUCCCAGCCAGUGCAACAGGAGCAGCAACAGCAACAACCACCUCCACUGCCCGCCACGGAGGACGCGAAUGAGAUGUUGACCAAGAUGCAGAGCGCACUGGAGACACAAGAAAUGGAAAUCGUGACGUUGAAGGAACAGCUGGCCAUACGUUCCGCUGAGUAUGCGCGACUCGCCUCGCAAUACGAUCCCUUCCGGUUGCAGAACUCGUUGGGCAGCGGCCCCGUGGCUGGAGCAAGCGGCACAGCUGGGCAGGACCCACAGUCGGAAUAUGUGCUGAGAUCUGAUCUGGACUAUGCAUUGAUGAUGCUGCAUCAGCGGGAUAUGCGUGUCGAGGAAAUGAUCGUUGAGCUGGUGCAGUUGCUCGAGGAGCGCGAUCAUCUCCAGCUCAAGCUCUCGGACACGCUGCGCCAGCUGGAAGCCGAGCGCACAGGUGGAGCAGCAUCUGGCAGCGCCAAUGCCACCGCCUCCUCCUCAUCCAGCCCCAACAAGCUCAGCGGCAGCGGAGAGCUUGCCGCGGCGACACCAGCCAGCAGCAGUGAUCUAAAGCAGAAAUUGGCCGAGCUGCAGACGGUGAAGCAUUCCAAGGACAAGGCCAUUGUUGAUGAACGCGAGCAGCGUCUGCAGCAGAUGAUGCAGCUACAGCGAGACAUGGUGAAAACAGCGCCAACAGCCGCAGCUCCAACAACUAAUCUUCCUUCUCCGCCACCUGCACACCAGCAGCAGCACCUGCCACAACAGCAGCAGAACCAGCAGCAGCAGCAGCAGCAGCAGCAACAGCAACAGCCACUCGAAAUGGAUUCAACUCAAUCCGGGCAGCGCGCCCCUUACGGAAUUAUGGACUGGAUAUUAGGCAACAACAAGAACGAGGACGAGACGCAGCAGACACCACAUAAUCUUCCCCAGUCACCAGUUCAGCAACAGAUUUCCCAUUCGCCGCGUUCAUCGCCAAGCAAUUAGCAGUGGGCAAAGAUCUUUGCCAGCGCUGCGCCUAGUUGACUCUAUCUAGCAAGUUGCUUAACAAUAAAUAUCGACUUAGAUUAGCAUUAGAGUUCUAUAUAAAUAUUAUGUACCUUGCAUGAAUGAAAACGAAAACGAGCCCCGAGAAACCUAAAACAAAAACAAAAAAAUUAAAAAACAAAAAGGAAAAGCUAUUCCCGAACUGUGUAGUCGCAGCAAUGCAAGGGACACGCCCACGUUUUAUGUUGUAGAUAUGUAAAAAUUGUAAAAAAAAAAAAGAGAAAAAACUAAAUAAUAAUAGCAAAAAAUAAAAUUAAACGAACGUAAA